ACAACACUCCUUGAGAGAACAAAGCAAGCUGUAGCUUUGUCUACAUUUCUACAAGACUUUCUCUACUUUAUUAAAGUGAUAAAAGCUAGAGAAAUAUGGAGAACAAAAAUACUAGCACUCUUAAUGAACAGAAAGCAGAAUCUCCCAAAGAGGAUUCACUUCUCCCCAUCGUUGAGAAGGGACUUUUCUUCCAUGAUUCCUUCUUCGAGGAUAUUCGGAAGCACUUUGAGACAGCCAUCGACCAAAUUCUGAAUACAUGGGAAGAAGGGAAAUCCGUGAGUGAUCUGAUGAGUAGCUACAGACGUGUAAGAGAGCGCAAUUUGCAGCAAGAGAACCAAGUCAUGGCCUUCAGCGAAGACGACCAGAGUCACAAGGUUGUACUGGAUGUUCAUGACUUCAAGAGUGGAGACGUUAAGGUUAAAGUGGAAGACAAUCAGGUGGUGGUGGAAGGUCGAGUGGAAAAGGAAGAAAACGACUUCAAGUCCACGAAAAGCUUCUAUCGACGUUUCAACUUCCCAGGCAAAGUGAACAUGGAGGCCGUGACUUCCGCAAUGUCUUCCGAUGGCGUUUUGACUAUCACGGCUCCGAAGAUUCCACAGGCAGCAUAGGAAAUCAUAAUCCAUUAUCUGAAAUUGAUACAUGUACGUUUAAAAGCAUUACAGAGCUGGAAGUUUCAAGAAGUUUCAUAUGAAGUUUUUGCCAAGUAUUCCGGGACGCGUCCAGAUGGAGGUGGAAAGUGGGCGCACACCCAACUCGCGCCACAUAAAAGCAUCAAAUCUCCCAAAGAGGAUUCACUUCUCCCCAUCGUUGAGAAGGGACUUUUCUUCCAUGAUUCCUUCUUCGAGGAUAUUCAGAAGCACUUUGAGACAGCCAUCGACCAAAUCCUGGAUACGUGGGGAGAAGGGAAAUCCGUGAGUGAUCUGAUGAGUAGCUACAGACGUGUAAAAGAGCGUAAUUUGCAGCAAGAGAACCAAGUCAUGGCCUUCAGCGAAGACGACCAGAAUCACAAGGUUGUGCUGGAUGUUCAUGACUUCAAGAGUGGAGACGUUAAGGUUAGAGUGGAAGACAAUCAGGUGGUGGUGGAAGGUCGAGUGGAAAAGAAAGAGGACGACUUCAAGUCCAUGAAAAGCUUUUGUCGACGCUUCAACUUCCCAGGCAAAGUGAACAUGGAGGCCGUGAUUUCUGCAAUGUCUUCUGAUGGCGUCUUGACUAUCACGGCUCCGAAGAUUCCACAGAAAAUGCAUUCCAAAUACAAAGAGGGUUCACUUCUAACUAGUGUAACCUGUGCUUCCAUGUUUACCGGUUUAAAUCAGGGAUCGGCAACCUUUGGCUCCCGAGCCAGACUUGGCACGCAGAGGGCUUUCUAUGGCACACCACGUGACUCGAAGGAGCAAAGAAACAAAACGAGUAUGAAGCAUACCCAAGCGCUGGAGAAGCCUCAGUCAAGCAGCUCUGCUGUUUCAGCGACUAGCCACCGUGACACUCUUUCUAGUUAUUUUCGUCACAGAUACUGCGAAAAAAGAAAAAUGGAGAACAAAAAUGCUACCACCCUUACUGAACCGAAACCGGAAGAAUCUAAAUGCAAAGAGGAUUCACUUCUCCCCAUCGUUGAGAAGGGACUUUUCUUCCACGAUUCCUUCUUCGAGGAUAUUCGGAAGCACUUUGAGGCAGCCAUCGACCAAGUCCUUGAUACUUGGGGAGAAGGCAAAUCCGUGAGUGAUCUGAUGAGUAGCUACAGACGUGUAAGAGAGCGCAAUUUGCAGCAAGAGAACCAAGUCAUGGCCUUCAGCGAAGACGAUCAGAAACACAAGGUUGUACUGGAUGUUCAUGACUUCAAGAGUGGAGAUGUUAAGGUUAGAGUGGAAGAGAAUCAGGUGGUGGUGGAAGGUCGAGUGGAAAAGGAAGAGGACGACUUCAAGUCCAUGAAAAGCUUCUAUCGACGUUUCAACUUCCCAGGCAAAGUGAACAUGGAGGCCGUGACUUCCGCAAUGUCUUCCGAUGGCGUCUUAACUGUCACGGCUCCGAAAUCAUAUUCCAUUUUCUGA